AUGGUGUCGUUCGACGUACGGACCGCGACCGCAAGUCAGCUCCAGGAACUGCUUCAAGGUGGCAGUGUGACGAGCGAGGACAUCGUCGAGGAAUACCUGCAACACAUCGACAAACACAAUGACCGGCUUCGAGCCCUGGUAGAAGUGGCUCCCAAGGACCGUGUGCUAUCGAUUGCAAGACAGUUGGACGAGGAGCGCAGGGGCGGCUCGACCAGAGGCCCUCUCCAUGGCACCCCUAUCAUCGUUAAGGACAACAUUGCCACGCAUCCGGACCUAGGCCUCAGGACCACAGGCGGUUCCUUUGCCUUUCUGGACCUGGUCCCGUUCGAGACGGCAUCAGCGGUCCGCCGACUUACCGAUGCAGGAUGCAUUGUAAUUGGCAAGGCCAAUCUCUCGGUACGCACCACUGUUGCGGGCAUGCCCUGUGGCUGGUCAGCGCUCGGCGGGCAGACGCAGUCCCCUUACGUGCAAGGGGGGUGGGAUCCGAGAGAGAAAUUCGGCGGCCACAGCGGACCUGGCGGCUCGUCAUCCGGGAGCGCGACCUCUGUUGCGGCAGGCUUCGCGCCUCUCUCCGUCGGCACCGAAACAUGGGGAUCGUUGAUCAUGCCCGCAACUCGAGCCAACGUGUUCACGCUGAAGCCCAGCCGGGGGGUAGUGCCCAUGGACGGCAUCAUGCCCGUCAACGACAUCUACGACAUUGCUGGCCCCAUGGCUAAAAGCGCCAGUGACAUCACAGUGCUGCUUGAUGCCAUGAUCGACAUCGGAGCUCCUCACCGGCCUGACGGUGGUUACGCGUCAAAGGCGACAGCAUCUUGGCGUGGCCUGCGGCUCGGUGCCGUCGACACGGCCAAUUGGCGACUCGACGAGAUGCUGGCAGAGCCAGAUGAUAACUUGUUCCAGCAGCAGGAGGAGGACCUGGCCAAGGAGUACUCCAAGCUCAAGGACGAUGGCCAUAACUUCGUCCGGGGUUUCGACUAUUUUCUUUUGCAGAUGAAGUCGAGCACAGUAAAGACCGUAGCGGAGCUUGUGGAAUUCAACAAAGCACAUGCCCAUCUUGAAAUGCCGCUCGGUGAGGCUCCCUUAAAGCUCCCAAUCAAGACGUCCUACUCGACGCGCUCAAAGACCGAGCCCUGGACGGAAACGCAGACCUUGGGCAGGGUCCGGGAAGGGGAAAAGUGCGCUGGCCAAGAGGGAGUUGACCGCUAUCUCGACGAGAACGGUAUCAACAUCCUUCUUGGGCCUGCCGAUAGUUGGCUGACCGACUUUGCCUGCGUCGCCGGAUAUCCCUCUGCGUCGCUGCCCCUUUCGUUCUGGAAGAAGAACGGCCGGCCCUUUGGCGUCAUCGCCCUGACCCGCAAGCACCGCGAGGAUCCUCUUGUCCAGCUGAUGAGCGCCUGGGAAUCCGUGUUCCCCUGCAUCACGCCGCCUACGCUGUGA